AUGUUAUUCGAUCAAAAACCUACUAUUGAUACCGGUGGUGCACCGUUAUCAUUACCGACAAAUUAUGAAAGUAAAGUGAUUGCACCAAGAAAUCCAACAUUAAAUCGUGGGUCAAAAAUUGAACCAAAAUUUACACCAUCGACAUUUUUAAAAGAAAUGUCAUUAGAUACUCAACAAAAAUUACUUAGUACAAGAGAAAUGUAUCUACCAAAAAUCAUUGCUCUAUCAGAUAUGUCUGAAACAUCAUUACAAACAAUAUCAAAAGUUGAUAUUGAUGAACCUCUAUUUCAACCAUAUCCAUCGGAUAUUACUUUUCAAAAAUAUGAACCAUUUAAAACAUAUGAAGUACCUUUAUUACUUCGAAAUAAUGAUAAAGUAGCAAGAGUUGUUAAAGUAUCACAAGCUGAUACACCAUAUUUUACAAUUAUAGCUCCACCAAAUGCAUUUCAAAAAGUAGCACCUGGAGUUGCACUUGUUUUUCGUAUUCAAUUCAAACCAGAAGAACAACGAGAUUAUGCACAUGAAAUUUUAGUAGCAACUGAACGUGAAAAAUUUCUUAUACCAAUACGAGCUAUUGGUGCUCGUGCUAUAUUAGAUUUUCCUGAUUCUAUUACAUUUCCAUCGACACCUGUAAAAAGUACAAAUACAAGUAAAGUUUUAUUUGUUCGAAAUAUUGGUAAUCGUGAAGCUCGUUUUGUUUUACAAAUAAAUAAACCAUUUCAUGUUUCACCUGAAAAUGGUCUUUUACCUGUUGGUGAAAGUAUGCAAGUAACUAUUGAUUUUAAUCCAACUGUAAAUGGUGAAAUGAAAGAUGAACUUAUUAUAAUUUAUGAUACUGGAGAAAAAGUUUAUGUUAAUGUAUAUGGUGUUGCACAAGAUAUAAAUGUUCGAUUAGAAAAACGAUCUAUUCAUUUUGAAAAUACAUAUUUAGAAAUGAUUAAUCAACGUACUGUAACAAUAUCAAAUCGUAGUGAUCAAUUAGUUCAUUUUCAAUGGAAACUCUAUCCUACAGAACGUGAAGAAGAACAACAAAAAUUACGACAACUUCAUGCAUUAUCAGAAGAAGAAGUUAAUGCAUUACAAAGAUUAAAUAUUAAUACUAAUGAAUCUCCAUCAGCUGGUCCAUUUGAUUUUGGUGUAUUAAUUCAACGUACAUUUAUUAAUCAUCGUCGACAAUUAACAAAUGAAUCUUAUUUAUUUGCUAAUUCAAAUUUUCGUAUUGAUCCACUUGAAGGUGAUAUAUGGCCAGGUGGUAAUUUAGAUAUUCAAAUUUUAUUUAAACCAAAUGAAGCACGUAAAUAUGAACAAACAGCAUGGCUUGAUGUUGUUGGUCGUGAACAACGAUUACCAUUAACAUUAACAGGUGAAGGUGAAGGUGCAAAAUUAGAAGCAUCAUUUCAAACAUUAGAUAUUGGUUGUGUUUAUGUUGGUUCAACACAUCUUUAUGAAGUUGUUUUAGCUAAUAAAGGUUUUAUUGAAGCACAUUAUCAUAUACGUAAUACAAAUUCAAUAUUUGGUUCAUGUUUUCAAUUUGAUCCAUCAUCUGGUAUAAUAUCAAUUGAUAAUUAUCAAGCUAUACAAAUAACAUUUCAUAGUGAACAACUUGGACAAUUUAAUGAAAUAUUUAAUGUUGAAAUUGACGGUAAUCCACAUCCAUUACCAAUAAUAGUAUCAGGACAAGUUAUUGGACCAACAUUUUAUUUUGAUCAAGCACAAUUAAAAUUUGGUCUUAUUUCAUAUGGUUUUCAAACAACAUUAACAUGUCAUUUAUAUAAUACAUCACUUGUACCAAUGCCAUUUAAAUUACAUAUUGAUCAAGAUAAAAAUAAAAAAUCAAAUCUUGUUUCAUUUGAUGAUGAUGAUGAUAAUAAUAAUAUAGAUGAUGAUGAUGAUAUUAAUAAUCAUAAUAAUAAUAAUGAAUUUCAAAUUCGACCAUCACGUGGAAUAAUUCCGCCACAAAGUGAUACAAAAAUUUAUGUCGAUUUUAUACCAAAAUCAAUUCAAAAAUAUGAUACAUUUUUACAUGUUGAUAUAGAUGGUGUAGGAAAAAAUAUUUUUUCAUUACCAAUUACAGCUAAGAGUACUGUACCUCGUAUAACACUUCAUAAUGAUAUACUUGAUUUGGGUCGUACAUUUUUAAAUAAUCCUAAUGAACGUUAUAUUCGUUUACAAAAUUCUACAAGUCUACCAAUGCGUUAUCAAUUUUUAUAUCCACAUUCUGGACAUUUACAUUUUCAAUCGAAUGACAGUGAAGGUGUUAUUGAUGCAAAUACAAUACGUGAUAUACCAAUAACAAUUACAAUUAAACAACUUGGUGAUAUAACAGAAAAAAUUGAAAUUCAUCGAGUUGGUGCACGUGAUCCUCCAUUAGAAUUAGAAGUAACAGCAACAGGUACAGGACCUGUUUUAUUUAUUGAACCAAAUGAAAUACGUUUUGGUACAAUAAGUGUACUUGAUGAACAUACACAAAUUCUUUCAUUAUCAAAUGAAUCUCCUAUUCCAGCUGUAUUUCAUUGUGAAUUUGAUAAGAAAAAUUCUUGUUUUUCAUGUAUACCUAAUACAGGUGUUGUUGAACCACAUACAUCCCUUGACGUUCGUGUUAUUGCAAAACUUAAUGAUCGAUUAAAAUUUAAUGAAGAAUUAAUCAUUCAUGUUGAACAUAGUUCACCACGUACAAUGUCUGUAACAGCUCAAGGUACAGGUGCAUUAAUUGUACCUGAUAUUCCAAUAUUUCCAACACUUAAUUUGGGUUCACGUUUUGUUGGUACAUCAAUUAUUCAACGAAUAAAUUUUACAAAUAAAGGACGUCGUCAAUUAGCUGUUCAUUUUAUUCCAGCUGGUGAUACAGCAGCAGCAUAUGGUGUACCAAGAAAAAUAAAGAUCAAUAAUAAUAAAGAAACAGAAUUAAAUCGUUCAUCACAUCAAACAUUUCGUCUUGAACCAGAACGAUUAGAAUUUGCACCAGGUGAAACACGUUUAUUAACUAUAACAGGUUUUGCAGUACAACCAAAAAUUGUCGAUGAAAUAUUUACUUGUCUAGCUAUAAUUGGUCGUUCAACAGGUCGUGAUAAAUUACUUUCAUUAAAAAUUCAUUGUGAAUUUGUUGAACCAUUAAUGUCAUUUUCAAAAACAGAUCUUUAUUUUCGUGUUGAAUAUAAUGAACAAACAAUAAUAGAUGGUUUACAUACAUUAAUAUCAUCAGAAUUAACAUUUUCAAAUAUAUCAGCUAUUGAUUUAACAGCUAAUCUACGUGUAAAACAUCCAUUUUUAUUAAAAAGUGAAUCAAAUGAUGAUUCAAGUUCAACAACACCAUUAGAUAGUAUAGAUGAAACAACACCAGAUAUACCACCAGGUUUUACAUUAACAAAAAAAGUUAAAAUAUUAACAGGAAUGAGUUAUACAGAAAAUGUUUAUUUUGAUCCAAGUGCAAAUACAAAAGAAUUAUCAUGGAAAUGUGAUGAACAAUUAGUUUUUACCUAUGAAGAACAUGCUUUUACUGAUAUAAUAAAUUUACAUGGUGAAGUACAUUAUCCAAAUUUAUUAAUUGAACAUACUGAUCUUGAUUUUGGAUGUAUACUUAAUGGAACUGAAGUAACUCGAUAUGUAACAAUGGUUAAUGUAAGUCCAUUACCUGUAAAAUAUCUUUGGGCAUUUAUUCUUGAUGAAAAUGAUCGUAAUUAUACAUUUGAACCACAACCACAAACAACUAUAUCAUCACCACAAUUAAAUCAAACACAAAUUCAAAGUAGACCAUGGUCAGAAAAUUUUGAACAACAACAACAAAUUACAUAUGAUACAACAAAUCUUACUCCUAAACUCGAAGAAAUAUUUGAUAUUUCACCAUUUUUUGGUUGUCUUCAACCAGGUGAAAUUGAAAAAACUGCUAUUCGUUUUUAUGGUCAUCCAGGUAUAAAAACAGCUGUUAAAGCAAUAUGUCAAAUAGAAAAUGGUCCUGUUUAUGAACUUUAUCUUCAUGGUCAAGCAUCAUAUAUGGCAUAUCGUUUAAAUACACAUGAACUUAAUUUUGGUGAUAUACCUUUUGAUAAAACUACAACACAUACAUUAACAUUAACAAAUGUUGGUAGUGUACCAUUAGAUUUUCAUUUUUUAAAUUUAAAUAAUUUAAAUAAUAAUCAACAAUAUGCACAAAUUGAUGUUGAACCUGAAUCUGGUAUAUGUAAACCAUAUACAUCAACAAUAAUAACAAUAAAAUUUCUUCCAAAUCUACCUGAAAAAUUUGAAAAAAUUUUAUAUUUACAAAUAGCACAUUUUCAACCAGAUGAAAUACAUUUAAUUGGUACAGGAAUGUUUAAUCGUUUAGAAAUUGAUUUACCACGUUUUAUUAUAAAUAAUUCUAUUGAAGAACAAUUAUAUGAACAAAUAAAAGAAAAAUCUGAUAAUGAAACAUUUCUACAAAAUCAACUUGAUAAACUUAUUGUAAAAAAUUUUAUUGAAAAAUCUAAUGAAAUUAAUUCACAAUUUGUUGAAUCUAUUGAACAAUCAAAUUUAUUUCAACAACAACAACAACAAUCAAUAAAUUUAAGUAAUCAAUCAUUAUCAGUAUCAACAACAAGUUUAUCAAAACGAAGUACAAUUACUAAAUCAAUACCUAUUUUACCUGAUUAUAUUGUUGAUUUUAAUUAUAUUAUUUUGGGAACUGUUCGACAACAAAUUAUUCAUAUAAAAAAUCCAACAAAUAAUAAUAUUACAUUUCGUGUUGAUCGAUUAUCAUAUAAAAAUACAGGAUUUUCAUUUGAUUGUGAUCAUAUUAAAAAUUUACCUCCUGGUGAAGUUAUUCCAAUAACAAUUACAUUUGAUCCACGUGGAGCUAAUCUUGAAUUGGGUUCUGUAGAAUGUCGAGUACCAGUUGAGGUUACGUCUGGUCCUACAUUUCAUUUACGUCUUAAAGCUAUUGUAACAAUGCCAGAUUUAAAUAUAUCAAAUGAUACACUCGAUUUUGGUACUGUUAAAUGUGGUGAAUGUAAAAUUGCAACAAUACAAUUAAGAAAUCCACAAGAAAUUCGAUGUGAAUGGAUUGCUGCAUAUCCAGGAGAAGAUUCAAAUGGUAAACAAGUAGGUCGUUUUCUUCGACGUGGAAAUACUAGUGCUAAUCGACGAAAACCAUCAACACGCAUUUUUGAAGUUUUACCACCAUCUGGUAUACUUCUACCUGGUAAUAAAACAAAUAUUCAAAUUAAAUUUACACCUACUGAAGAAACAAAUUAUGAAUCACGUGUUUUAUUACGUAUUAAUCAAAGUAGUCAACGUUUAAUGAUAAUAUGUCGUGGUGUAGGUCUUGAACCUCAAGUUAUAAUUGGACAAAUGCAUGGUGAUAUAUUUGAACCAACAACAUCAAUUGUUUUUAAUCCAAUUUUAACACAUAGUCAAGGUGAUGAACAAGAUAUUGUUAUACGUAAUCCAUGUCCAUUUCCAAUUGAAAUUUAUAAUCUUGAAUUUGAUAAACAAUAUCUUGAAGAAGAAAAAAUUCUUCGUCUUUUACCGGGUUAUGAUGAAAAUAAUAAUAUUCUUCUACCAACACGAGCUGCAGGAGAUAAAUUACCAGCUGAAUUACAAAAGUUUUAUGAAGAUGUAGUCAAACGAGCAGAAGAAGAAAAACAAGGAGAUGUUACGAAAAGAACAGAUGAAACACCAUUUCCUAUGGAUGGAAUUGAAUCCAAUGGUGUUGAAUUAACUUCUGCAUCACAACAACCAACAACAAGUGGUGAACGUAUUGGUGAUAGAACAACAUCAAAUUCUAUUGGUGAACCUACUGAAUCGAUUGCUGAUAAAAGUGAAACAACAUUAAAACGUGUUGCAGAAAAAAUUAUUAAUUAUGAUAUGACACCUGUUGCACAAGCUUUAGCUCGUCAUUUAGGUAUUGAUUUAAGUUCAGAUGGAAUACAAGCACGUAAUCGACGUGGUAUUGCUGUUAUGGUUCAUGGUCCACCUGGUUCAGGAAAAACAAUGAUAUCACGUGAAAUUAGUCAACGUUAUGAAUGUGCAUUAUUAAAUCUUGAUCAAGUAAUUAUUGAUGCUAUUGAUAGUUCACAACGAAGUGAAUAUGCUCAACGUGCUUAUCUAAUGUGUCAUGAUGCAUUCGAAAAACAUGUUGAAGAACAACGAACAAUAGAAGCUGAUGUUGAUCAUGCUCCAACUACUCAAUUAGGUACACAUACUAAAAAAGUUCCAGAUAAAAAGAAAAAAACAUCUGAAGUAGUUGAUCCAAAUGCUCAACCAACAACUAUUGAAGCACAACCAUUAACAUCACCUCCAUCAGUUAAAUUUAAAAUACAUAAAAAUCCAUUAUCUCAUAUAAAUGGAGAUUUAUCUGAAACACGAAACGAAACAGAUGAUAAUCUAGAUGAUACUGAUGAUCAAGAAGAACUUAUGACAUAUGUUCUUACAGAAGAUAUUUUUGUUGAAAUUCUUGCUGCAAGACUUCAGAGAGCUGAUUGUAUUCAUGGUGUUGUAUUCGAUAGUCUUGAAACAUCAUUUCUUGCUAAUUCUGCACAAGCAGCAAUUGCAGUUCUUAAAGCUAUUAAUAAUCGUUCAUAUAUUUAUGCAAUAAUAACAAAUUUUUCUUAUUCAAAAUACAAAGAAGCUCAAGCUAGAGCUGAUGAAAUUCAUCGUUUUGAAGAACAACAACGAGAACAAAAUGAAAAUGAAUAUGUUGAAGAAAUGGGUGAAGAUGAAUAUGAUGCAUUACCCGAAGAAGAAAAACAACGUAUUGAUCAAAAACGAUUACAACGAAAAAAAGAUCGUAUUCUUAAAGAACAACGAAAUAAAGAAGAAAAAGCUCGAUUAGAACAAGAACGUUUAUUAUUAAAAGAAGCUGAAUUACAAAAAAAACAGAAAAAAACUGGUUCAAAUCCAGCAGCAGCAGGUAAAACUGGAGUUGCACCUGCAAGUGGAAGUGAUAAAGGUGCUUCAGCAGUUGCAGCUGCAGCUAAUACUGCUGGUGGAAAAACAAGUGCACGACCAACAUUAAUUAGUGCACGAGGUCCACCUGUUUCUGAUCGACCUAAUGUAAAAGUUGAAGUAACAAAUAGUGAAGAAAGUGAAAAAAAAAAGACAACUAAAGGUGAUUCAAAAUCUGCUAAAGAAACUACUGUAAAAGAUGAUACAGAUACUUCAACAAAUUUAGCUAAAGCAUCAGUUACAAGUGAUGCUGAUGAUGAAAAAGAAAAGAAAAAAGAUCGAGAAUUAUUAGUCAAAUUUAAAACAUUUGAAUUUUAUCGUAAUGAUUUAUUAAAUGUUUUUGAUUUAUGGGAUCGAACAAAAGGUAUAACACGAAGUCCACCGACACCAACAAAUCAAUCUGACGAAGAUCAUAUGUUUGGUGCAAUGGGAACUGGUACAGCUAUGAAAAAACCCAUACAAAAGAAAGAUAAAGGCAAAAAAUCUGAUACAAAAGAUAAAGAAAAACUUGAAAAAACAGAUGAAACUGGUCAAAUAGGUACUCCUAAUCAACAACAACUUGCAAGUAUAACACCAACAAAUCUUGAUGAAAGUGGACAACCAAUUAAAGAUGAUUCAAAGAAACAAUCACCUUCAGGAUCAGAUGAAAUUAUUAAUAUUCCAACAAUUCAAAUUGAUACACCUAUAGAUUAUAGUUCAAAUCAACCAAUACCAUCAGAAUUAAUGGAUUCAAUUAAAAAUCGUUUACCAGUUUUAGAUCAAGUACUCGAUGGAAUGGGUCAAGGUCCACGUGGUCCACCUGUUCCUAGACCAUUUGAAUUUUCUGUUGCACCAUUUCCUGAACUACGUACUAAUCCACCUUGUGCUGAAUAUGGACAAUAUUUUUUUGUUGCUACACAUGAAAAUGAUCCAAAUUUAUAUCCAGAAGAUGGUAAAUUAAAAGAUAGUAAAACACCAGAACCACCAUAUACUGCUGAUGAUGUUGAUGGAAAAGAUACUGGACCAAAAGGAAGACGUAGUCGAGGUGAUCGAGAAUCUAUAACAACAGCUAAACGUAAGACAAGUGGUGGACCUGGUGGUAGUAGUGAAGGUAAAACAACAGCACGUGUAACUUCGAAGGCCGGUAGUCGUUUUGGUGGAAAACAAUCGCCAACACAUCAUUCAUCUGAUGGACAAGAUGGAGCAAGUGAAUCAAGUCUUGAAAAACUUUUACCAAGAAUUGUUCGUUUUCGUUGGAUUAUUCCUGCUAAUAGUGAAGUUCGUAUUCGUCUUCGUUUUAUUUCAAGUGAAGUUGGACAAUUUGAUCAAACAAUAUCUUUUGAAAUUGUUGGUACAAAACGGAAUUAUAAAAUAUUUUGUCGAGGUGUAUGUACAUUUCCAACAAUAAGUCGAGAACCUCGAACUGUUUUUCCUAAUCGACAAAAAACACGUAAACCAAAUGAAAUUGUACAUAAAAAAUUUAUACUUUCAACUGAACAAUAUGAUUUUGGUCCAUUAGUACUUGGUAAAGAUAUAAAUAAAAUACGUGCUGGUACUUAUCCAUCUAAUAUUGAAACAUUAACAAUUGAUAAUACAUCACCAAUGGAUGUUGAAGCUUUAUUUUGUUUUUUAAAUGAAGUUGAACCAUCAAAAGCAGCAUUCUUUCUUGAACCAAGUGAAAUGCAUUUAAAAUCAGGAGAAUCAAAAACACUUAAAAUAAUGGCUAAUCCACCAAGAGAAGGUCAUUUUGAAGAUUCACUUGUUUGUUGUAUUAAAGAAAAUCCUGAACCAAUUGUUUAUAAAUUAUGUUGUGAUGGUUGUACACCUGAAUUACAAAUUGAACCAACAUCAUUUGAUUUUGGUCAAGUAUUACUUUAUAGAAAGGAAUCACGAAUUAUACGACUUAAAAAUACAAAAUUAAUUCCCGUUCGAUGGCGUCUAAUAGGUAUUGGUCAAGAUGGUAUUGGACAAGAAUUUUCAACUAAAACUGAUACGGGCAUUGUUGAACCAUUGAGUACAUAUGAAUUACAAUUGAAUUAUUAUGCUAGUCGACCACGAUCACCAGCAUCACAAAAAAAUAAACUUCAACUUAAACUUGAAAUAUCAGAUACAGAAGGUAUGCCAGGUAAUGAUCGUGGUAUUGAUUUUGGUAAUGUACGUGUUAAUCAAGAAACAAAACAAUCAUGUAUACUUAAAAAUAAAGGCAAACGAGAAAUAAAAUACAAAUUUGAAUUAGUACCUGAUACAAAAUCAAAAAUUGAUACAAGUAAAUUUUUUGAAAUUGUACCUAAACAAGGUACUUUAGCUGCUGGUGGUGAUCGAAAUGCUCAAGCAACUUCUGUUAAUAUUAUCUUCAAACCAACAACUGAAAUACAUCUUCGUGAAGCUGAAAUUAUUGUUGUUAGUGUUAUUAAUGUAGCACCAGUGCCUAAAGGAACAGAAAGUGGUGGACAACUUAAUCAAUCAACAACACAUAUAGGUGCAUCACAAAGUACAUUAAAAGGUGGUAGUGAAGCAGGUGCAAUACGAAAUAUUGCUACGACUCAACAACAACCAGUUGCAUUACCAGUCGAAGAAGAAGUAGCACGUAUUCGACUUAAAAUUUCAGCUAAAGCAACAUAUAGCAAAUUUGUUUUAAUGCCUGAAAAAGAAGUUAAUUUUGGUCCAAUGCCAAUGGGUACUUCUCGUCGUAUAGAAAAAUUUAUAAUUGAAAAUCAUGGUGAACAUGAUUUUAAAUAUAUUAUAUCAAAAUAUCAACGUGAAGCUUCACCACAAAAAUUAAAUCUUAAAGAAUAUAAAAAAGUUUCACCACCUAAUCGUGCUGAUUCAGCAAUGAGUGCAAAAACAGUACGAAAAUAUGAUCAAUCAAGAGAUGUACCAACUCAAGGUCGUUUACAAGUUGGUCCAUUUAUAAUUUCACCAGCAUUUGCUAUGAUUAUGCCAAAUGGAAAUACAACUGUAUCUGUUGAAUGUAUACCUGAAUCAGAUGUACCAAGAAAAUUUGAAGAAGAAAUUCUUAUUGAUAUUGCUGAUAAAAAUCCAGCUGAUUAUCCACAAGGACUUGUAUAUAAAUUAAAGAGUGAAUUAAUAGUACCACAAAUUGAUACAAGUGAUAUAUCAUCCAUAUUUGAAGAGCAUCGUCUUGUUCGAAAUCUUUCAUCAUUUCAAAAUAUUGCUGAUGUGGUUACAGGAGGUGUCUAUGGUGAAGAAGAACGUCGUUUUCAAUUUCGAAAUGUUAUCGUUAGUCGAACAGCAAAAGCACGAUUUAAAAUUACAAAUUCACAAAAAGUACCAGUUGAUAUAACUCUUGCUUUACGUCCAACAAGUAAAAGUCAACGAGUAGUUGAAGCAUUUGAACUUGAUGCUAAUCGUGCACAAAUUCCACCAUAUAGUAGUUAUUAUGCUGUUGUUUCAUUUACUCCAACAUCUAUGCAAUCUUAUUCGGCAAUAUUUGAUGUUAUUGUCGAUGGACAAUUAAAAACAAAUAAAGAUACUCGUAUUCCACCAAAUUUUUCAUUUGAAAUUCAUGGUGAAGGUCAUUUACCUCGUGUAACUAUUUUACGACCAGCUAUUAGAAAUAAAAAAGCACAAGCAAUGAUGAUUUUUAAUAAAUUAUUACUUGGUCGACAAGGAACACAACAACUUCUUUUAGUUAAUGAUGGUGUUUUACCUGCUAAAGUUGAUUUUUAUUUACAUGAUGUUGAAAAUGUUUUUUCAAUAGAAACAUCUAAUGAAAAUCCUCAUCCUGAAAUUCUUGUUAUUAAUGAUUUAACACGAAAAGCUACAGCUGCUUCAGCUAUAUUUGAAAUUGGUCAAAAAUUAGCACUUGAUAUUUUAUUUAAACCAAAAUCAACACAAGGACCACAACGAUAUGAAGCUGCACUUCGACUUGUUGUUGUUGAUAAUCAAUAUGAAGAUACAAUUGUUCAAUUAAUUGGUGAAAGUUAUACUGAUGAUAUUACACUUGAUAAUAUUCAUGGAUUAGUUAUGAGUGAUGAAACUUUAGCUAUCGAAAGUGGUCAACAGACUAUUGUUGAAGAAGAUGCACCAGUUUCAGUUUCAAAUACAAUAAACUUUGGUGAAGUUCAUUUAAAUGAAACACGACAAAUUCUCUUUUCUAUAACUAAUCAUCAUCAAAAAGAUUCUGUUCGAUUUGAAUGGCCUGAACAUUCUCAUUGUACAUUUUCACCACGUAUUGGUCAUCUUCAUGCUAGUUGUACAAAAGAUAUUCAAGUAACAUUUAAAACAAAUAAACCAAUUCAAUUAACUAAAGAAAAAAUUCUUUGUUCAAUAAUAAAAAUAACAUUUGAUCGUCCAAUUAAUGAAGUUCCUGAUUGGGAUGAUCGAAUGCGUUCAGUUAGAUGGAUUGAUGUUUCACAACCUAUUGUUGAUUCAACAAAUCCUGAUAUACAACGUACAAAUCGUCCAGCAAGAAAAAAAGUUAUUGAAGCUGAUAUUGAACCAACACAUCAACGUAUUGAAGAACAAACACGUAUUUUAGAUAUAUAUGUAUCUGCUAUUGCUGAUUAUUGUCGUUAUAAAUGUAGUGAAUUUGAAAUUCGUUAUUUUGAUACAGCUAUAUUACAAACACGUAUUCAUGAAGUAACAAUUACAAAUCGUGGUAAAGUAUCAUUUAAUUAUUCAUGGCAAAUACAUAUGGAAGAUAAUCAACGACCAUUUACUCCAAUGAUUGAACGAGAUCUACCAACACCUGAACCAACAGAUAGUACUAGAAAAGGACAUAAAGGUGGUGCUCGUACUCAACCAACAAAUGUUCCAACAACAGAUUCAUCAACUAUACAAGAAUCACCAACAGCUCCAUCAACAUCACGAGGAAAAGAUAAAACAACAAAAGAAACAAGUAAAUCAACAGGUAAAGAUGGACAAACAGGAAGUAAAACAAAAGCUGCACGUUCAUCACUUAAAUCAAAUAUAACAACAGAAAAUUUAGUUGAAGAAAAAGAAACUGAAAAUGAACAAGCAUUUUUUACUGAAGGUACAAAUACUACUGAAGUACCACGUGAUGAUUCUGAAUCAAGUGUUCGUUCACCACCAAGUAUAAUGACUGAUGUUGGUUAUAUACCAUUUACGGUUGAACCAGAUACAGGUUCAAUUGCUGUUGGUGCUAGUCAAGUAUUUAAAAUUAAAUUUGCACCACUUGAUGUUAAUGAUUAUCAAGCACGAUUGACUUGUUGUAUACCAAAUUUGGAAACGGGUAAACCAGGACCAGUUGUAGCUGUUCGUGGUCGAAGUAUUUUACCAUUCUGUCAUUUUGAAUUAGAAGAAUCUGAUUAUUUAGCAAGCGGUCGACGACGUCUUGAUCUUUUAGUUAAUACUGGUUCAUCACAAGCACCAGCUACAUUUAUUGAUCGUCAAACUCGAGUUAUUGAAUUUAAAGCUGUUGGUAUUGGAUCAUCACUUAACAAGUCAUUUUCUGUAUUAAAUCCAACGGAUACUGAUUAUACAUAUCGAUGGAUAUGUGAAGAUAAUCUUGAUUUAACAAGACAACCAUCAUUUGUAUGUCGUACUGUUCAAGGAAAAAUAGGAUCAGGCAAAGGUGUAUUAAUGUCAUUUGAUUUCUUUCCACGUUCAUUUGGAAUAAUUGAAUCAAUGUAUCGUUUUGAAAUUCCGAAACAUUCAUUAUCUAUUCCAUUUUUACUUGUUGGUCAAGUUAAUGAACCACAAAUAUUAUUUGAUCGAACAUUUAUUUCUUUUCAUCCAACAUUAAUUGGUCAUCAUGUUGAAGAAAUUUUAACAUUAAUUAAUAAAGAAAAUCGUUCAUUUCAUUAUCAAUUUCUUGAACGAUGUUUUAUUAAUGGUACAACAAAUAAUGAUUUAAUUAUUGAACCAUCAUCAUCUGGUAUAAUAUCAGAAAAUACACGUUUACCAUUACAUUUAAUAUUUCGUCCAACACAAAAUCGUUUAUAUACAUAUGUUUUACAAUGUCGUAUUGAUGAAACAAUUGAAUUAUUAAAUGUUAAUAUUAAAGGUGAAGGUUUUGCUAAUUUAUCAAAUGUACAAUGUGAAACAAUUGAUGGUAAUCGUUAUGAUUUAAAAUCUAUACAAAAUGGUACAAAUGAAAUACGUUUUGAUGAUGUUUUAAUUGGUAAUAUAGCAUCAAGACAAAUUCAAAUAUCAAAUGAUGGUAAAUAUGCAUUUGAUUUUAAUUGGUUAUAUGAUAAUGAACAAAAUUUAACACCAUUUACAAUAACACCAAUCAAAGGUACAAUAUCAAAUAGUCAAAAACAAAUAUGUCAAAUAACAUUUGAACCACGUACACGUGAACAUCGUUCAUUAAUACAACGUUCAAUACAAUUAAAUAUUAUUAAUGGUUUAAAAUAUGAUUUAUUACUUAUUGGACAAACAACAACACCAAAUAUAAAUUUUUCAUUUUUAUCAUUUAAUUUUGGUCCAUGUUUUAUUUAUCGUGCUGGUAUGCCAGAAAAUACAUGUCAAUUAAUAAUAACAAAUCAAGAUACAAAAGAUCAUACAAUUGAAUGUUUAUAUCAAUCAACAGCACAAUUAAUGGUAGAUUAUAAAACAGGUUUAAUAUCAUCAAAACAAAGUAUUAGUUGUAAAUUUACAUUUUAUCCACGAGAACAAAAAAUUUAUCGAGAAAAUAUUCAAUUUGAAAUUGAUGGUUUAACUAUAAUUAAUGUUAUGAUUGAAGGAGAAGGAAUUGAUUUUCGAGUUGAAUUAGCUGAACCAAAACAUAAAAUACUUAAUUUAGGCGCAUUACAAGCAGGUAAAAGUGUUACACGUGAAGUUUGUCUUGUUAAUCGAAGUCGUGCACAAAUAUCAAAUUGUUAUAUUACAUUACUUCCUUCAGAAAAUAGUAUCACUCGUGAUAUUCUAACUAUUCAACCAACAAGUCCAAUAUCAUUAAAAGCUCGAGGUGGUACAACAACAGUAUCAGUUAAAUUUACACCUCGUUCACGUUUAGCACCAUUUGUUGAACAAAUCUUUUUAAAAUAUGGUGAUUUAGAUGUUCCAAUGUUUGCUGUACGUGGUUGUUGUCAAGGUUAUGAUAUAACACUUGAUUCUGAUACAUUACCAUUUGGUGCUGUUGGUAAAGAUUGUUCAUUAACACGUAAACUUAUUUUAUCUAAUCGAGGUGAUAUUGGUGGUUCAUUUUCAUGGAAUCUUAGUCAAUUACGUGAUACACCAUUUCGUGUAUUACCAACAAAUGGUUAUAUUGCACCAGGUCAAGAUAUAACAAUUGAAUUUAUUUUUCAACCACGUACUAUUCGACAUGAUAUACGUUGUGAUAAACUUGAAUGUCGAUUAGAAGGUACACAAUCUGUUUAUGUUACAUUAAGUGGUUCAUGUGUUGAAGUUGCACCUGCACGUGAAACAAUUAUUAUAUCAACAGCUGUACGUACAAAAGAAUUAUCAAAACCAAUUGUUUUAAAAAAUAAUACAAAUACAUUAUGGACAUUAACACCUAUAAUAAGUGGAGAAUAUUUUUCUGGAUCAGAAACAGUUAUUAUUGAACCAAAUUCAACAAAAAAUUAUGAAUUAACUUAUUUACCAUUAACUGAAGGUAAACAUAAUGGUACAUUAUUUUUUCCAUUACCAGAUGGAAAUGGUCUUCUUUAUAAUGUUAUUGGUAAUGCUGAACCACCACGUGCAUCAGGUAAAUUUAUACGUGAAGUUCCAUGUAAAACACCAUAUGUUGAAUUAUUACCAAUUGAAAAUUGGUUAAAAAAACCACAACGUUUUCGUGUAACACAUGAAACAAUUAAACAAGAUCGUCCAGAAGUUGCAACAACAAUAAAAUAUCUUGAAUUUAUUGAUGUUGCACCUAAAUCAAAACGUGAUUUUAAAUUACAAUUUUAUUCAUAUAAAGAAUGUAUACAACAAAUAAAAAUUAUUUUUAAAAAUGAACAAACACAAGAAUAUAUUUGGUAUGAUAUUACAUUUAAAUCAACUGUUGAUAAACGUAAUGCACCAACAAUAGCAAAUAUUGAAUUAACAACACAUGUACGACAACAAACAUCACAUGAUAUUAUACUUGAAAAUCCAUUACCACAUAAAGUUACAUUUCAAGGUCAAUGUUCACAUUCGGAUAUACUUUUACCACCAGAACAAGUUUCUAUUCCAGCUAAUUCUCAAGGUUCAUUUAAUUUUACAUAUAUGCCAUUAAAAGCUGGCAAAAUUGAAACUCGUCUUGAAAUAAAUUCUGCUGAACUUGGUUUAUAUACUUAUAUGUUAACAUUAAAUGCACUUCCAGCUCGUCCUGAACGAACAUUAUAUUUUAAAGCACCAUUAGGUAAUUUACAAGUAUUAACAGCUAAAUUUACAAGUUAUGCUCGUACAAAAACUGAUUAUGUUUGUAAAAUUGAUCAUCCUGAUUUUAUUGUUGAUCGAACUGUAACAGCAGCACCAAGUUCAUCACCAUCAACAAUGGAAGUUAGUGUUGAUGUUACAUAUGAACCAUCACAAUUAGGUGAUGUACGUGCAACAUUAACUAUUAGUUCACCAUCAACAAGUGAUUAUAUAUUUCCAUUAGUUGGUCUUGGUGAAUUACCUAAACCACAAGGUCCAUUUACAAUUAAAGCUGGUAGUAAUACAACAAUAACAUUUAAAAAUAUAUUUGCUCAAGCAUUAACAUAUACAUUUAAUGUUGAUAAUCCACUUUUUCAUGUAACAAAAAGUCAAGAAUUAAUUCAAGCAAGAAAAUCACAUAGAAUUGUUGUUUCAUUUGAUGGAUCGGAUACAAUAAAUAAAGCUGAUAUUAUGGCAAAAUUAAUUGUUUCAUGUCCUAAAACUACUGGAGCAACAAAUACAUCAAGUUCAAGUGUACAAUGGAUAUAUUAUCUCAAGGGUAUUACUCCUUAA